UGGAGUAACGACAUGGCGCGUUUCCUUACAACGGCGCUUUCAGUAUCUCUUUGGUGUGUUUCGUUCUUACGUUGGCGAAACUGAUGAAUACUCCCAACAGCUUCGAUGUUUAAACAGUUGACAACGAUAGCUUGGAAAGUGUUCAAAACGUGUUCUUUGAUUUUAUAUUGUGCACGUGGGUUAUAGAAGUAACAACCUUUUUGUGCAGGUCUCGUUUUCGUGUGCUAUAAUGGCAAAAAUUAGCUCUUCGGUAAAGGAAAAUAUCACGAGCGGAAAAUCAUUGAUUCUAAUAGUUUUCCAAGCCCUAAUGAUACAUGACUUGUCUAUCAACUCCACCCAGUGAUUCGAAAGCUGAUGUUUUGUGAAGCAACUGACGACAGUUUCAGUGUAAAUUAAUCUUGUUCUGGCGGAUAUUUUUGUGGAUAUUAGUGUAUUGUCAGACAUUUUGCAAAGUUUAGUGGAGUGCAAAUUUUGAGUAUAAAUUGCAUCGGAAUUGUUGAGAGGCGUAGCUUCUAAUUUUGAACCAAUGCAUUGUUAAGUAAGAAAUUGGUGUGACUUAAAGUUAUAAAAAAUAUGAAGCCAAUAUGAGAUUGACUUAUGCCGUGAGAAGCAUAGGCAAAGCUUCUCAAACUUUUUGUGCUGUAAUGAACCACCCAUCUCCAUCGGCCAAAUUUAGUCCCUACCAAAAAAUUUUGCUUGAAGGGCUUGAAUUUCUGGCGUCAAAAUCCAUGAAAGAUGCUGUGAAGAAAGGUGUCAACAUCGAUGGCAGCAAAGAUUUAACUGCUGAAUUCAAUCCCUCGUGUCAGAAACUGGGGCAUACAUCACUGAAUUGUUGUGACAGCCACUGCCAUAAAUUCAGCUAUGGGGGUUGCACAGCGAGUUGGCAAUUCCAAAAUGGUUCACUUAUUCCUAUGCAAUUGUUAGCUUGCUACUGUGAUCAAGUGGAGAAGUGUAAAGUGUAA